UGUUACCAAAAUGAAUAUAUCUUCAGUCAACUUCAGCAACUUUUAAGAGUUAUUUAUGUCUUCAUGAUUGAAGUACUUUAUUGAAAGUUUUUAUUUAAACUUUCUUUUCAUUUCUACCCAAUUACAAUUUUUGUGAUGUUAAAUAUAGGUAAAUUAGAGGAAUAAAGAAUGGAACAGGUAGAAACAACUAAUCAGUCAAAUGUUUCAAAACAUCAGACGAAGAAAAGAAGCUUGCAUAGAUAUGUAUUAGGAAUCAUUCUAUAUACAAGCAUGUUAAGGGACAUACUAUUUUGCCCAUACACAAAAGUAGAAGAAAGCUUUAAUCUUCAAGCAGUUCAUGAUCUUUUAUAUCAUGGAUCAAAUAUUUCACAGUAUGAUCACCUUGAAUUCCCUGGUGUUGUACCUCGAACAUUCCUUGGACCUUUAGUUAUUGCUGGUCUUUCUUAUCCAUUUUUAUACAUGAAUAUGUUUUUUGGAUUUGACAAAUUCAUGAUGCAGUAUAUAGCUCGUAUAGUGCUGGGAUCACUAGUAAUAAUAGCUUUGCAAAAAUUUAUUGACGCUGUGGAGAAACAAUUUGGUGUCACAGUUUCUGUAUGGUUGCAACUAAUUACAGCUUCACAAUUUCAUUUUAUAUACUAUAUGUCCAGACCCUUGCCAAAUACAUUUGCCCUGAUCUUAGCAUUGUUUUCCUUUCAUUGUUGGAUGACAAGAAAACAAAGAAUGUUUAUUGUAACAUCAGCUGCUGCAGUUAUAGUUUUCCGAGCUGAGCUAUCCAUUCUGUUGGGACUAAUUGCUUUAGAAGAAAUUAUUGCAGGACGAUUAAAUAUUCUGCAAAUUUUUUGUUGGGGCAUACCAGCAGGUUUGUGGAUGUUAGGUCUGACUGUCACAGUUGAUUCAUUCUUUUGGAUGAGGCCUGUUUGGCCAGAAGGCGAAGUUCUUUGGUUUAAUAUAUUUUUAAAUAAGAGUUCUGAAUGGGGUACAUCUCCAUGGGCAUGGUAUUUCUAUUCUGCUCUUCCCAGGGCUCUAUUUUUUUCAACUCUAUUCAUUCCAUUUGCAUUUUUAUUAGACUACAGGAUCAGAGCUUUGAUUUAUCCAGCAUUAGGAUUUAUUGUUCUGUAUUCCUUUCUACCUCAUAAAGAGCUACGGUUUAUUAUGUAUGCCAUUCCAUUAUUAAAUGUUGCUGCAGCAAGAACGUGUGCACAUCUAUGGAAUAAUCGAUUUAAGUCAAUACCAUACACCCUCUUUGUUCAAUUUGCUGGUCUUCAUCUUAUGAUGAAUAUGUGUGCUACUAUUCUAAUUUUAAACAUUUCUUCUCAUAAUUAUCCUGGAGGUGUGGCAAUGGCUAACUUGCAUGAAAUAGAAAUGGGAGCAAAAGACUUAAACAUUCACAUUGAUGUAUAUAGUGCUCAAACUGGGGUAUCACGAUUUACUGAACUUAAUCCCAAUUGGAGGUAUAACAAAUCAGAGGCCCUCUCUUUACAGAGUAUUGAAAUAAUGCAGUUUACACACUUAUUAGUGGAAUGGACUGAUGAUAUGGGCAACUCAGAAUCACUAUAUCUUCAUACUCACUCUGUGAUAAACAUUACGCAUGGAUAUUCUCACUGGGGUGUGGAUUUUUCUGUAUUCCCCCCAAUUCAAGUAUUUCUCAAGCCAAAGGUUUUGCUGUUUAAAAGAAAAAUUUCUUAUCCUUCCUUGAUACUUAAUACUAAUAACGCAAAUUCUCAUAAAAUUUAAAAUCUAUUUUCGGAUGUAAUUUGUAACUGCCUGUUAUUUGCUGGAAAUAAACUAUUCUUACAGUU